AUGGGUAACGCCGUUGUGACUGGUGGGGCUAACGGCAAGGGCCGUGCCGCUCCAUUCUCGAGGCCCGUGCUCUUGUCUCCAAUCCACCUGCGCAGGCCUACUCUGAGUAAACAUUCCGUUUCUCCUACCUUCUCUCACUCACACACCGAGUACGAGGACGGAGAAGAAGAAGAAGAAGACUGGCCUACACCCAGCCCAGCUCGUAAGAGCGAUAGGGAUAUGUAUUCGUCUGGUGGCUACGGCGCCGACAACAAUACAAGUUCUGAAGUUGACGACGACAUGGACUUUUACGAAGCUGAUUUGUCUCAACCCGCAACUAUGGCCAACGCGCAGCCAACUCUCAGCACAUCCAACAAGGCCAAUCACAUGCAGACAAUACAAGCAGCCAAUGGUUUCAGUCCACCUGCCAACAUUACUACUGCCAAAGUCAAUACAGCCAAACUGCAUGAGCUGCGCGCAAAGCUGCUUGCCAACCGUCAGGCUACCCCCGUUAAGGACGUCUCGAACCCUGCCAGCAAUCUCAACCUUGUCUCUAUCAAGACCGAAUCACAAUCUCGUCCUCAAAGUCCCGCUGUCCCUCAAAACACUGCUUUGACCAAGAAUAAGGCCAGCAUACAGACAACUCAAUCUAAACACAACAGACCGACCGUUGCAUCAAUUUUGAGCCAAUCAAACUCAGUUGAUGCUCUCAUCGCCGAGGCAGUCUCGCAAUCCGAUGUCAAGAGCCAAAAGAAAACUGCCCCAAUGAAGCAGUCCAACACAACAGAAUCUAUACUCAAACCAAUCUUGGAUACCAAUCUGGCUGAAAAUAAGCCUGCCUUGUCACCUGCUGUCUCGCACAACAGAAUUAAUACUGCUGAACAAUCCACUUCAAACGCUGACAAGUCUUCGUCGACUCUUAAGUCCCCUGGAUCUUCUAAUGAACAGCAGAACACAGCCAAUGGUCUGACCAAGCAGAAAUUCGACGUCGCCUCUCCUGUGCCCGAGCAGAAGUCUCCUCAGAGUAAGAAUGCCGAUGCAACUCCUAAUCAGCAUACCAAGGCCACCAAGCCCCUCCAUCCCUUGUCUAGUGGACCUCUCCACAAGCGUAAUCUUAGCUUGGCUACCACCAAGCUCCCCAAGGAGAGAGAGGAUGAGUACUUCAAGGACGUCGAUCUUUGGCUGACAAUCACUGGUUUUCAUGACACUUCUUUCCGUGAACAGAAGCUCAAGACGUACAAGAUGCGUGCCGCACUUGAAGAGAAGAAACGUGCUCUAGAGCUUGAAUUUGCCGAACUUGAACGUCAAGAGGCUGCUACGGCUAACGACUCUAGCACCAGGGACUACAUGCGCGUCGUCUCGACUGCGUACAUGCCGCCUCCCCCUCCUCCUGCUUCAGCUUCAACCGAUGAGCAGUCCGUUCCCUUAACCAAGGCCAGCCCUGCUUCAUCUCAGCCUGCCUCAGCUGGCGCCAAACGCCCUCGCUCCCCAUCUGUGCCAGUCAACAAUAAUCGUGAGAAAUUGAGCCGUCUGAACACUUCUGGUCGCGCUGUGCGCAGAGAUGAUCUAUUCGACAAGCCUCUCUCCGCCAGUGCUCCCAGACGUGGUUCCGAUCAGAGAUCCCACUAUGCCAACGACAGAUCUGAUAGAUCCGACUAUCAUCGACGCGCCGGUCCGGAUGCCUCUCCCACUCACCAGUCAAUUUCUGUUCGUGGUCAGGCCUUCCGUCCUAAUGACAGUCCCUUCGGUCGUCGCGAGUCUUGGACCGCUCCCAGAUCUCCUGAACAAUGGUCCACCCGCACUCAUGGAUGGAACUCUACCUCGUUCUCAGAUGUUAAUGAACAACCCAUCGGCCAAGGUGGCUACUCGAGCAACAAAUGUGGGUACAUGCGUCCCGGCCCUAGAGCCAGAUUCAACAGAUGA